GAGUGAUACAUACAAACAAACAUAGGCGAGCCCCGUAACCUGUUAACGACGAAUUGAAUUUUCUCUCGAAUUCCAUCAAAUUCAAACAAGGAUGCAGAUCUUCGUGAAGACACUGACUGGUAAGACAAUUACCCUUGAAGUCGAGGCGUCUGACACCAUCGAGAAUGUCAAAGCUAAGAUCCAGGACAAGGAAGGAAUCCCCCCAGACCAGCAGAGGUUGAUCUUUGCCGGUAAGCAGCUCGAGGAUGGCCGAACCCUGAGUGACUACAACAUCCAGAAAGAGUCCACGCUCCAUCUUGUCCUUCGUCUCCGUGGUGGUAUGCAGAUCUUUGUCAAGACCCUCACUGGUAAGACCAUCACCCUAGAAGUCGAGGCAUCCGACACUAUCGAGAAUGUGAAGGCUAAGAUCCAGGACAAGGAAGGAAUCCCCCCAGACCAGCAGAGGUUGAUCUUUGCCGGUAAGCAGCUCGAGGAUGGCCGAACCCUGAGUGACUACAACAUCCAAAAGGAGUCUACACUCCAUCUUGUCCUUCGUCUCCGUGGAGGUAUGCAGAUCUUCGUCAAGACCCUCACUGGUAAGACCAUCACCCUGGAAGUCGAGGCGUCUGACACCAUCGAGAAUGUCAAAGCUAAGAUCCAGGACAAGGAAGGAAUCCCCCCAGACCAGCAGAGGUUGAUCUUUGCCGGUAAGCAGCUUGAGGAUGGCCGAACCCUGAGUGACUACAACAUCCAGAAAGAGUCCACGCUCCAUCUGGUCUUGCGACUCCGUGGAGGUAUGCAGAUCUUUGUCAAGACCCUCACUGGUAAGACCAUCACCCUGGAAGUCGAGGCGUCUGACACCAUCGAGAAUGUCAAAGCUAAGAUCCAGGACAAGGAAGGAAUCCCCCCAGACCAGCAGAGGUUGAUCUUUGCCGGUAAGCAGCUCGAGGAUGGCCGAACCCUGAGUGACUACAACAUCCAGAAAGAGUCCACGCUGCAUCUGGUCUUGCGACUCCGUGGAGGUAUGCAGAUCUUUGUAAAGACCCUCACUGGUAAGACCAUCACCCUGGAAGUCGAGGCGUCUGACACCAUCGAGAAUGUCAAAGCUAAGAUCCAGGACAAGGAAGGAAUCCCCCCAGACCAGCAGAGGUUGAUCUUUGCCGGUAAGCAGCUUGAGGAUGGCCGAACUCUGAGUGACUACAACAUCCAGAAAGAGUCCACGCUCCAUCUGGUCUUGCGACUCCGUGGAGGUAUGCAGAUCUUUGUAAAGACCCUCACUGGUAAGACCAUCACCCUGGAAGUCGAGGCGUCUGACACCAUCGAGAAUGUCAAAGCUAAGAUCCAGGACAAGGAAGGAAUCCCCCCAGACCAGCAGAGGUUGAUCUUUGCCGGUAAGCAGCUCGAGGAUGGCCGAACCCUGAGUGACUACAACAUCCAGAAAGAGUCCACGCUCCAUCUGGUCUUGCGACUCCGUGGAGGUAUGCAGAUCUUUGUAAAGACCCUCACUGGUAAGACCAUCACCCUGGAAGUCGAGGCGUCUGACACCAUCGAGAAUGUCAAAGCUAAGAUCCAGGACAAGGAAGGAAUCCCCCCAGACCAGCAGAGGUUGAUCUUUGCCGGUAAGCAGCUUGAGGAUGGCCGAACCCUGAGUGACUACAACAUCCAGAAAGAGUCCACGCUCCAUCUUGUCCUGAGGUUGAGAGGAGGACAGUAACCUGUCAAGAAAAGGGGAUGUCUUGAUAUUGUCUUUUGUCUUUUUCGGUGCCCAUUGUCCUUUAAUACCUUACACCUCUACAGUAAUCAUCAUAAAAUUAAUCCAAAUCAUGAUCGGGGAGUGAUGAUAUUUAAGUGUCCCAUCCUGACAUUUUUUCUGCAAUAGAAUAUGAAAAUCAAAUCGAAGAAAGGUUUUACAUUUGUUUGUUUAUUUUACUGCUUGCGAUAUCAUGGCUGUACUCUUAAAGUAAUUCUAAUUGAAUGAGUGAAACGGACGGCAGUUCCAAUGUGAUCUUCUUUCAAUCGGAGUGCUGAAAAAAUGGACAGCUAUUCCUUUUAAACCAACAUUUUAUUACAGUCCUGUCGCACGACAAUCUACCAUAAAUUUCAACAUUGCCGUUAUGUUGACACUAAUGACAGAUAUUCAAACACUAUGGGCCAAAUUCAUAAAGGGUGUUUAGCUUAAAACAGCGUUUAACUACUAAAUAGACAGAUUCUGGCCCUUCAUGUGAAUCUUCACAGAAUAUGAAUAGGCCCUGUAACUGAUUAGAGAGAAGUUGUACAUGUCUAACCCUUAAACGCCCUUUAUGAAUUUGGGCCUACGAAUACCAAGUUUAACAAAAUACCAAGUUUAAACAAAUUUGUCCACAUAAUAAGUGCACUGCGGCAUCGUGUUAAGUAAGUUUGUUUAUUAUAGUGUCGCCCCUAAUGAAAGGUCCAGCCAGCUUUUUGGCUCAUGACAGAGACACUCUUUACUUCCAAACACGAACUCUAAUGCCAGGCACCUGGCAAGAAGGCAGUUUGUACCCUACAUAUUAAUGAGCUGGCGGCUAACCAACCAGCCGCAUCGGAAAGAGGUUACCAACAGGCCUCGAAGCUUCGACCUUCUGUCCAUGAGGUGGACGCCUUUACCACUAGGCCAUCGAGGUCGGCAUUAUGUAUGGGUGGAUUUCUAUUUAACAGGACCACAAGUAAUUAUGAGCGGUGUACCCCUUUAAAGAUUACACCCAGACUUAUAAACAGUGUUUUAAAACUCAAGUUAUGAACAUCAUAUCAUGUGUAAUUCCUUGCAGUCUAAACUCCACAAGAGACAAUUGCUGACAUUCUUCGCCUAAGUUUAUGUUGUCUUCCAAUUUCCAUUAGAUAACGGGCAUGAUUGGCCAUGGCCCGAAUGGUGCGUCUUGGAUUGCCCCUGAUUUGCUCCCAAGUUGUGCAAAAUUAUUGGUCACCUUAAGGAUACUUCCGUUGUAGGCUUUAGAAUUGGAGGUUGUCCAUUCUAGAUUUAGCAGUUCAGCGAUGUAAUUUAAGUUUGACCCGAAUGGAAAUUGUGGAACAUGUUUUGAUUAUUCAAGUGUAAGCUCAAAUUUUAUUCUAUCCAUGUGGCAAUGAGGAUGAAAUAAUAUUGCUGUAACACUA